CCUCCAUCUGUCUGUAAAAGAAAGAGAGGAAGAAGCGCGUCCAUUCGUUGCUUCUGUCCAGGGGUAGCGACGCACACAGAGACAACAUGGCGGAUGUUUUAGAUCUUCAUGAGGCGGGAGGCGAGGACUUUCCAAUGGAUGAGGAUGGUGACGAGAGCAUCCACAAGUUAAAGGAGAAAGCCAAAAAGAGAAAGGGACGAGGCUUUGGCUCAGAAGAAGGAGCCAGAUCUAGAAUCAAAGAGGAUUACGAUACCGUAGAGCAAGACGGGGACGAACCAGGCCCUCAAAGAUCUGUGGAGGGCUGGAUCCUGUUCGUAACGGGUGUGCAUGAAGAGGCGACUGAAGAAGACAUUCACGACAAAUUUUCAGAGUUUGGGGAAAUAAAGAACCUGCAUCUGAAUCUUGACCGCAGAACGGGCUAUCUUAAGGGCUAUGCACUGGUUGAGUAUGAGACAUACAAAGAGGCCCAGGCAGCGAUGGAAGGGCUCAACGGUCAGGACAUGAUGGGUCAGCCAAUUAGUGUUGACUGGGGAUUUGUCAGAGGGCCCCCUAAGAACAAGAGGAGGGGUGGUGGAAGAAGGCGCAGCAGAAGUCCAGACAGGAGACGUCGUUAGGUGGGGCAAACUGGUUGCCCUGAAACUGAUCUCUCCCAUUGAUUGGAAUUUUCAAAAUGAGGCUUUUUUUUUUUGUACAAAGACUUCACAAAACAGCAUGUUUAUGAUUCAGUGUUUUGUUGGUUUUAUUGUGCAGCAGUGCGUUGUUUUAUAUUACGUUGUGAAAAAUAAAAUUUUAAAAACC